AUAAUGCGGUCUCAGGGCUAGGAGGGAAAUGUUCUUGGCGUCUCAUUCGCCCAGAAGGGAAUCGAUCAUGGGGCGCGCGGCAGCGACGUAGCAGUGAGCGACAAGCAGCAGCAGCGGCGGAGGACCCCCGCCGGAGCUCUCUCCCUCGUGUGCGGCGCGCGAGAAAGGUGCAGAGGGCGCUGUGGCCAGGGCAGCCCCUCUUCAGCCCCCCCCUCCCCGUAUAACAGGCGAGCGGCCGUGGGCCGGCGGCACAGUCGUGCCCUGAGGCUUGAUCGGGUGGAGUUCGGUCGGCAUCGUGUGCUCCUACCAGUUUGUGUGUUCCCUCCCGUGUGCUACUGCUGCUGCGACUGCGUUUCGCGCCACCCCAUGGCGCCCCCGCGUGGGCCCUGAGUUGCGACACUCAUGAGUUCGUACCAGUUCGUCAACUCGCUGGCCUCCUGCUACGGCCAGCAGCGAGGCCAGGACACGGACUACUACACGCCGCAGGUGCAACCGUACGCCGCCACCGGCUGCUACAGCGGCCCGGCGUCGCCCGUGCAGCCCUACGGUGGACCGUACAGCCAGCCGGCGGCGCACCUGCAGAACGGCGGCGCCGAGCACGGCUUUCCCGGCUGCGGCCAGCGGCUCCCCGGCGGCGCGGGACACCCGAGCCCGCGCACGCCCACGCCGUCCGCGGCCAGCUGCAAGUACGCGGCACCCGAGUCGACGGCCGCGUCGCCGCAAGACCUGAGCGCCUCGAGUACCCAGUCGCCGUCGAGCCCCGAGACGCGAGGCUCGUCGCCGUCGCCGGUACAGCCCGCGCAGGUCGCGCACAGCAGUCCGCCGAGGAGCGCGGCGGCCGCAGCGCAGGCCACGCCGACAGCUGGGAGCCAAGCGCAGCAGCAACAACCGCAGCCGCAGCAGCAGCAGUCAUCGCAGCAGAAGCCCGCUUAUCCCGCCAACCCGCCGCAGAUCUACCCCUGGAUGCGAAAAGUCCACGUCGGCCAGAACGGCGUGAACGCCAUGGGUGAGACCAAGCGGCAGCGGACGUCAUACACGCGGUACCAGACGCUGGAACUCGAGAAGGAGUUCCACUUCAACCGCUACCUGACGCGGCGGCGGCGCAUCGAGAUCGCGCAUGCGCUCUGCCUCUCGGAGCGGCAGAUCAAGAUCUGGUUCCAGAACCGGCGCAUGAAGUGGAAGAAGGAGCACAAGAUGGCCAACACCAUUCCACCCCAGAUCCCGCAGGUGAUCCCCGACCACCAUCCGCACAUGCACAGCGAAACCAAGGCGUAGGCAGGGCAGUUGCUGCCGUUCUCAUAACAACCGUUUGUUUGCCCUCUCUUGUUUCUCCCGUUCGACAUGCCCACAGAACAGACGAGGAAAGAAAGAAGGAGACGAGGGAAAGAAAAAAAAAUAACGCGAAGGGAAAGAAAAGAUCGAAAAAAAAAAGGAGAGAGAGUACAGUCGAUUCCACAUCGUUCGUUCGUUUGUUCAAGUUCGCUCGUUUUCUUAAGCUCUCCUUCGUCUCUGUCGUGAAAGGAGUCUAAUAUUUCUUUCUUUCUCUUUUUUUUUUCCUUCGUCGCUCCUCGAAAUCUCGCAACUUCACGCGCGCGCGCGGUUACGAGGCGCGUCUGUCGAAACAAUCCCUCUUCGACUGAUCUCCCCGCAUGCUAGGCGGCAUUAAUUACAAUAACUCCGGUGAACUCAUUCGAGAGCGAAAACUGAAGCCUUCGUGCGAUCAGAGGAAUGCACAUAUGCGCGAAUUCGGUGGCGACACUCGACGUAGCAGCGUCAUCCACCGUUAGUUCUGUUCCUAAACUAUACGCAGUGUUCACCUUCCGUACAGCCGCCGUCGCUAACUUCAACUCACUCAGGAGAUCCCAAUAGACAAGCACAAAGCGGUCGCACAGAGGUUGCGUUUCGCUCGAGCCUCCCAGAUGUAAACACAACAAAUCUUAAGAAAUGUAACUCCCCGGAAAUUGCGACCUCCUUGAUGCGUAAUUACCUUAUCGCCCAACAAAAUGUUCUUUGCAUCUCGAAGGAAUCUUGUAACACUUCCUUAUUUUGCGUGCCAGGUCGACUACUGUUCUGAGCGUGAAGUCGUCACUCGUUUCCCGUCUAGUCCCAGGCCUAUGACAAAACAGAGAAACCCAGGACAUCGAAGUUCCAAAACUCUAAUACUGGACUGGAAAACAGCUUUCUGUGUUUACACUGCAAUACUCAUUCCUUCCUAGCGGUUUGCGACGUGCGGCUGUAUUUCCUCUGAUGUGCGCGUCGGCUUCUGUCGGAAAGCUCCCCCAAAACCUUUCCGUCAAAUGCCUUUGAAACCGAUGCUCUCUUCACCCCCCCCCCCCCCCCCCUCGCCUCCACCCUUGCUUGCUUUCGGCUGCCAUGUGCGUACAGAGCUUCUUCUUUUUCACUUCUCUCGGAGGAAACGUACCAUGACCAAACUUAAGGGAAAAAAAUAUACAAGCAAAUGGCCCGAAAGAAAAAAAAAGGAAGAACCAUCCGCCGCCGUGCAUAUACCGCCUCAGUGAAGCGAGCUCAGACGAACGCCAUCUGGUGCCGGUUCUCCAACUCUUUGUCCACCCAUGGGUAAAUUGCCGAGCGCUACACCUAAUUAUUUUGCCCCCCCUCCCCAAACUAAAUGAAAAAAAGAAUGAAAGAAAGAACAGACAGAGAGAUCACAUUGUUAGCGGCUUAGGCUACGGUCUUGCGUUCUAGCUCACGCAGUAAUGAACGUAACCACUUUAGAGAGUUCAGAUGACUAUUCAAAAAGUACUGUGCACUAUGCGUGCGGUGUAGCGCACCCACCCGACGCCUUGCGAACCGGCUAAGGCUUUGAUAAUGCUGUUGUGUUUCUAUUAUAAUUCGACAACGCCCGAAGCGUCAGACUGUCAGGCUUUGGAAAUCAAAUUUUUUCAGUAUUGUGCACACUGCUGGUUUAGCAGUGUCAAACUGAUUUAAGGUAGGCAUGCGUGCAGGCCCAAAAAACAUGUUAGCUGAUCCCAAACAGCAAUUCACUGAAUUGGAACUGACAAUCGCAAUUGGCCUACAUUUCAUAACCGGUCGAUGACCUGCCCAGAUGAGUUUGUCGCAGCUUCGCCCAUCCAAAAAACCGAACAAACUGCCUUUUCAUAUCGGAAAUUACGCUUCGCAACAGAACUAAAAGAAAAGAAAAGAAAUGAAGAACGAGCAGAACCUGUUCAAUGGCAGCCCUGAUCCUGCCCUGAUCAAUGGCAGCAAUCUCGUGCGGUGUGUCUAAGCAGUGAAGCUAACGUCUUUUCGGGAAACAAACAAACAAACGUGAGAAUAACAACGACUGUCUUAUCUACGCGCGUGGUGAUCGACAUAAUGGGCUAAGCAGAGCUCAGGCCGUGGAUCCUUACGAAAUUGCAAAGCCUAUACGACGAACUCAUAUCGCGAAAAUCGCGCAAACAAGUCGUGUAAAUGAAAAAAAAAAAAAAAAAAAAGAAGAAAGGCAAACUUCCUGUCGUCAUUUGACUGACGGACAGAUCAGCAGUUUUCAACACAAGACGGAUCCGGCCAAAGAAUAGCUUUCCCCAGACGUGCAUGUCGCGGUCAUACGUGUGGCAUACAUACUACGACGAAAAUAAGAGAAAAACAGCGACGACGAAAGAAAAUAAAGGAGGUAGAUAAAAGAAACAGCAUCAAACUCGGAAAACACGACCCUUGUGGCAGUGACUUCCGCAAAGCAAGAAACGUGACCGACGCUGUGCGCUCGAGCCGUUACGACUUGCGCCAGCCAGCCAGCUCACACAGCACCCAUUCGCCUGGUCUUGGUCCGAACGCCGCCGUGACGUGGAAACACCGUCGCAUAACUUCGAGGAAACAAGCAGCGACUCGGAAAAGGCCUUCGCCGUGAACACGCCUCUCCAGGUAUACGAGGACUGGCUCUUUAUACGGACUGUACGUCAUCUCACCACCAGACCAACGUCGCCUUGCGGUGUCUGCUCGUUCGCCUGUCACCUAGGGAAGAGUCGUGCCACCUAGGGAAGAACGCUUGCGCAAGGGAGUCAGCCAUCAACGAGCAGCCUCUUCCGUCAUCCUGCCUCACCCUAGUGGACUUUAGGGUGAAUAGAGAGGAGGAGCGACGGGUCGCGUUCUCUCUCGUUCGUCAGCGCUGUGUGCUGUGAAAUCGAGUGCCCCCGAAACAAAGACUCUCAGAACAACACCACUCACCUCGAGCCAAGUUUGUGUGCGCUCUAAAAGCAGCGGCGGCGCACGACACCAACACUGGCCGACGGCACCAAAAAUAUAAGAAGAAACCGUGUGUGACACCACUGAAACACACUCAUACACACCAAAAGAAGGAACAAACAACAAAAGGAAAGAAAGAUAUAUUUAUGUAUAAAGUAUGUAUGAUCUGUAAAGUAAAACGAGGGGAUAAGAGGGGAGUGAUAGAAAGGAUCCAAACAAACAAAAAAUAAAGAAGAGAGAAAGCUAAUAGUUGUACCACACACUCGCGCAAACACACAAAACACACUCGCACCGAAAGAAGGAACGGCACACAAAACACACGCGAAGGACUGUGUGACCACGAACUCCUUUUUUUCCCCUUCUCCUCUCUCUUCCCCAAUGCUGCAAUUGUUCCAGCGACGUUGUUCAUCGCUGCGUCCUCCAACCGCCGAGCGGCGCGGCUGAGGCGUCAAGCCGCAGCGGCAGCUCGCAGCGUUCGGCAAAACACGGGCCAAGGCAAAGAGACAAGGAAAGGAAAGCAAAGAAAAGAAAAAAAACUGUUCUCUCUCCCGGGUGCGAGGAUUGACUUUUCGACGCGCUUUGGGUGAUGAUGCCUGUACACGGUGGACGCUGUGUGUGACGGUGUAUAUACUAUAUGUGUCAGUGUCUUCAGGCAUGCACGCGAAAACAUCCCAGAGCCGAAAGGUGAAGCAAGCGACGCAGGGCGAAAGAAAAGUGUCGUAUUAACGUGAGCGCACACUCAGGGGUAAGUACACGUCGGGCUCUCGAGUGGCUCACUGGUGAGGGGAAAGAAAGAAAGGUGGUUGGGAAAGAGAAGCCAAGGCAAAGAGGCAAAACUUUAAACUCAAUAAUUUAAGAAGAACGCGAGGGAAAGAGAUUUGAUGCUGACGAGAAGUGCAAAGUGCUCCCUUUGUUUUUGUUUUUUUCUCGUUUCCUAUAGACUUGCCCUCCUAGCCGAGCGUGUUAUGUUGAGGUGUCUCUUAUAGCUGUACACUUGUUCUCCUGGAAGUGUUGUUGUGGGGAAAAAGUGUUGUGAAUGGUAUAAUGCUUCGUUUCUUCAUGACACGAGCGAACUGUUUUUGCUUGCUUCAUUUUCGCAUCGAUGACUCAGUGCAUUUGUUUGCCCCCUUGUUGGGUACGAGUGGAGUGUGUGGAGAGAUGAACUUGUGUUCACUGGCUGUUUAUUAUUAUUAUUCGUGGUCACCGUGUUACUUUUCCUUGUCUCAGGUUUUUACGCCUACACCAAUAACACUGGUGAAAUAAGAAGGAAUGUACAAUAUUGAUUUUAUUUUUACACUUUCACGUGUUACCUGGAGCAUUCGGUGAGAAACUCUAUAUAUGCUUGUUUUGAGAAUGUGGUUGUGAAUUUCUUGUGUACAUAGGUUAUUUUACUUGAGAGCAUUUUUUUUGUCUGACCAUUUUAAAGAGUGUGAAUAUGUGCUGCUCAUUUACUGGUUGGUUCAUGUUUAUUUUAUUCUCUUUUGAGGAGUGAACCAAUGAUGUGUUAGAGUCAUGCCAAGAAGGAAACAAGACAACUACGGCAAAAGAAACCUGAUGAAAAAGAUGUAUGUUCGGAGGCAAGCAAGAGAAUGUGGUUCGUGCCAUAUUGUUCUCGAUUUGCUGAUCUCUCCUUAUAGUGCUAAUUUAUUGCGUUUGCAUUUAUACCGUGACAUAGGUUGGAAAACCGCUUUGGUUUUUUGCUCACCGGUACACGGUUUCAUUAGAGUUUCGUCCCGCCUUGCAUAAAACAUGUCACGGCGUGCGAUUGGUCGCGCAGUGGACGCGUUGGAAUGAUAAACAGGGGUGAACGCAGGAGCUAGCAAUUUAGGGACGACCCCCGCGGAAGAUUGUAAGAACGGUCGGUGAGUGCGAGCCCUCGCAAAGAAGUCCCAGUCCGUCUUAGCAUAGAGAAAUAUUCGAUUCUAAUCGAACGCGAUUGUUCGAAAACGAUGGACUUGGAAAGCGAAUCGAAUACGGUAUACCUUUAUUGCUUUUGUAAAUGCAAGCAGACAUGAACGAGAAGUUCGUCCAAAAAAUACCUUAUUCCUUAGGUUCUAUGUACGCAAGUCUACGCUGAAUUCAGCUGAGCAGUUUGCGGAUGAAAAAAAGGAAGGAAAGUCAGAAUUCACAACAAUUCCUGGUCAGCCUUCAACAGGCACUAUACAAACGGCCUGCAGACAAAGUCCGCAGGCCUCCUAUUUUUUUUUUUUUUCCUUUUUCGGAGUAGGCAUUCUCCUGUAAGCGCAACAGCGCUGUCUAUUCUCUCAUAAUUAAGUAUUCGAAGAAAUUUAUUGCCACAUUGUAUCUAUUCCAAACAGAUGUACUCGACUGUUGUUCGAAAAUUUGAAUAUUCACGCAUUACCGAUUUCUUCUUCACUGAUUCGCAGGCACAUCUCCCAAUAGCCCGCAGGGUCCGCGGAGCAGUUAAUUGCCUGGGAACUCUCUUUUACGCUUAACAAAAUGUUCAUCAAGACGGGCAUAGGACACUGCCUGCCAAAUCUCGCCCAAAGAGAGACAUAGAUCCAAACUUGAGCUCGUUCCCCACCGCUAAAACCAACCGGGCCCCGCCCGCUUCAAAAGUGGGCGGGGCCGCGAAGACGCCGCCGUACCGACCAAUCGCACGCCGACGCUUGUGUCCAUUUCACCGCUUUGCUUGUAUAGAAGCGCCAUUUGCAUGGCGAGUCCUCUCGACCCGAAUUAUUUGAAGAAGGAAAAAAAAAUCUGAAGUCAGUUUUUCAGAUAUAUAUUAUAAAUAUAUAUAUGUAUACACAAACAUUACUAUUUAUGUAGUGCUUUCCAUCCACAUUCAUUUUAGUGGGAGGCGUACGAGAACAGCGGCGCGAAGGCAGUCCUUUGUACAUCGCGGUGCUGAGGGGACGUCUUUUCACUCUUCUGGCCAGUCACGCCUCUCGGAGGAGCCGCGCCUGUCCAUCUGUAGUUUCGCUUGCCGUUUCCAAAGACGAAGCUACGUCGAUCAGUGACCGUAGCGAAGCGGUGCCGCCUAACAUUGGUAAUACAGCCUUCGCAGCUGUUAGCAUUUCGCAUACACAUACGAUUAGCGUGUUUUAGUUGAGGAGUCCCGGUCAGCGAGUAACGGCACUGCUAGAUUCUGCACGUGCCUUGUGCGAACGCCGCCAAGGUCGCUUUGUAGUCGCUGACUUUCUCAUUGGCCUUCGAGUGAUUGCAUCGAAAUAACACUGUGAAAGUCUGGCAGAUUCGCAACAUUUCUAUACGCCUUAUGUGGUCACAAGUGACAAUUCUACUUCUCAAAUGAAAAGACACGUUCUUUUGCUGCUGUCGAUAACAACAAGAGGUAAACUUGCAGGCAUAGCAGUGAGUUUGAUGCGCCUAUCCAGAUGAGGGCCGUUACCUAUGGUCGCGGCAUCUCUGCAGGCCAAGUACUUGUAGCCCGGAUAUCAAUUCGUCCCGCGGCUCGCUCACACAUGUAUAAAAUCAACUUUAAAGAACAACAACAAAAAUUCAGUGGUACACUGGCGCACACGUGGCGUAUUUGUACGUGUUUGACCGACGUAAGCUGUGUCACUGACAGUACUGCAGCGGAGCUGAAGCUCACAUUUCUGCGUUUUCAUUAGCGCUGCUAAAAAUAAAAACAGCAAAAGAACGUUUCAGCUUAGGGUUGGUCGUAGAGUCACUCCAAGGUGGUCUUUACCGUUACCGCCCUCUGCUGGGUACCCCCCAUAAGGGCAGCGGGGCCGGGUAGGGGGCGGACAAGGAGCAUGGCUACUUGCUGGUGGGCGAGCAUAAGCAGCAAUCACCGUUAGGCUAAAGCUCUUUUUCGAAUGUUUCGAAGGCUGAAAGUGCGGUCGACGGCCAGAAGGGCACCCUCAGCACCACGGCGCGCCGCUGUUGGACCGGUGUAUAAGGUGCGGUAGUCAUUGAGGAACAGCGCGUGGUUCGGUAACUGUGGACGUCGCGCAGGAGUCGGUCGGAUAUCGGACGCGGUUGCGGAGGCAGCCUGUUCUUCUCCAGAGCAGUGUGUAAAUGUCAAUAGGAUACGCGCGUAGUGGUCGUCCCGUGUUCGUCGUCGUUGUAAGCAGCAACGAGCAGCAGAGAUCGCGCAGCGGUGACUGGACGGCUCGUUAUUUUUAGACUCAGCUGGGCGAGGAAAGAAGAUGGUAUUAGCGUCCGCUGCCGGCGCGUGCGUGCGCUGCCCGCCGUAGGCAGCUCUUUAUUUCCCGUUCCGCAGUUCUCGAGCGGGAAAAGGCAAAAAAAAAAAAAAAAAAACAAUGCCUUGGUACUGGCGUCAGGUGCGUUGUAGGACGGCAGGAGAGAAACCCCCCCUUGUAGGCGAACGAGAAACCGCGCAAGAGAGACUGGGCCUUUUCAAGACUAUUCUCUGUAAAUAUUUGAUACCCUUCAUCAGGAUCGCCCGGCAGCUCUAUACUUAUAUAAAUACCGCAUAUACAGACAAACGAGGUGCACAUAGCUGUAUACGCGACAUCAAGCGAGAAAGAAGGAAGAAGUGUGAAAAAAAAAGUAUAUAUAUAUAUAAAUAUAUAUAUAUAUACACACACGCCGCUGCAUCUACACCACAUCAAUGUCGCAUUCCAUUGUUCAUGCGGAAGGAAAAAAAUAAUAAUACAACAGUGUGUCGACGUGAAGCCCUGCCUUUGUUUGUUCUGUCAUAAUUCAUGGUGUCGUACCUCCUGACCUCUUCACCACAAUCCCCCCUCGCCCUUCCCCCCUCCCUCGCUUCCAUGAGUUGAUCCCGGUCCUAAUAGCGUAUAGUUCGUCACAGCGAGUGUGUAAACGUCUCUUGUUUUAUUGUUUCGUUUUUUUUUUCGCCCGCGCCUGAUGAGAUGCAGUCGUGUGACGCAAAAGCGUACUCAGUGAUCAGCAGCUGGUGCAAAGAGAAUACGGCUAAGUUGCAAGGUUGUGGUGAAAAAAAAAAAAAAAAAAGAGGGGGGAGCAACCGUGGUAACGCGUUUAUCCGAAGUGGCACCAAAUUUUGCUUGUGUGCAAAGAGUAAACGCAGACGAAAGGACAUCCUAUCGAGACAAAAUUGUGAGUGUAAAAAAAAAAACAAUUGUCCAAUGCCUGUUAAUGUACUCAUGCGUGGGUGAUUUCAAGCAAAGCUGGGUCGUUCUCACCUUCUUGCUAUACCAGUGCAUUACUUGGAAGUCAUGAACUGUGUAUGAACUAAGCUGUCAUUAAAAUGUGGUUGAUGUCACGGAAAA